CUGGUUUCCAAAUUUCCAGCGAGAGAUGGACUUGCCUUGCCAAUGGAUUCGAUGGUUCCGGAGCGGUUUAAUACAGGCACAUUUAAAAUCGCGAAGUUGGAUUGGUGAGGAUGAUGUUUAUGAGAAGAAGACACACCUUUUUAUAGGUGCCUAGAAGGGAGAAGAGAAGUAUUGAAUGACGAAUCGUGGGUGAGUGGGUCCAAGGAGUAAAGAACGAUGUUAAUAGCGAUGAACACUUAAUUAUAUAACGUAAGAGAGGCGAUGAAUCAGGAACGAAACGUCAUCAACGAAAACGACACAGUGAUUCCAAACGAAUUUUUGAGACAUACGACCUCGUACAACCUCCAUUGGAGUUAGACCUAAUCUUAUCUUCAGGAUACAAAGAACCUUAAGAGAAAGCGGAGAAGACGAUGUUGAGAACGUCCAUGUCUAUUAGUUUUGUUUUAUGAGCCCAAAUGGCUUUUUACAAAGUCCACUUCCAAAUUGUAGCUAAAGCCCAUAUCAAUUUCGUACGCAAUUAAAUGAAACGACACGUUUUGGUGAAGCGGACAGGUGUCGCGUCCAGGGCCUUCGACUUUCUGAUGUGGAAUCCUAUGUGGCAUCACCAGGAGGGAGUAAACUGUUCUUUAUAUAUAAAGAUACUAAUGAUUAAAUGCAAUUCCUCAAUAAUAUUUUUAAUAAAAAUCUUUCAAAAAAAUCUUAUCAAAUUUUUUUAAAUCAGGUUUAUGCGACAAACACGUGUGUGUGUGUUUUACCACUAACCAAUUCUUAAUCUAUCUAAAUUUUGUUUUCAAGAAUUUCAAUAAUAUAAUAUGCUACUUGAUUAUUGUUUUUCACUACAACUUAUUCUUUUUAUCGAAAUAAAAUUAUCUUUAUCAGAAGGAUUUUUUAAUGUGGCUAUCUGUUUAAAUACACGCUAAACUAUUAUAAAUUUUAAUUUUUUAUUUAUAAGACACAUUAUAAACUAUGAUUUUUAUUUAACAUGCACAUGUUUUAUCAUAUCUAUAUCGACUUUUAUAAUAACGAAUAUGGAAAGAAAUUUUCACAAGAAAAAAAAAAAGAAAUUUUCACUACGAGAUGGUGUACAAAUAUAGACCCAAACUUCUGUGUGUUGAAAUAGACUUUUGUUACAACUUACAACACACGGUUACAAGUUUUAAAAACAGAAAUGUUACUUGAAUAUGUGUUGUAUAAGCUAAAAAUGAUAAUAUGACUAGUUAAUUACUAUAACUCACAGAAAAUAGUUGCUUAGGUGGCCAGGGCUUAACACACCUAAAAUUCUAUGUAUUGAAAUAGACUUUUGUUACAACUUAUAACACAUGAUUACAAGUUUUAAAAACAAAAAUGUUACAUGAAUAUGUGUUGUAUAAGCUAAAAAUGAUAAUAUGACAGUUAGUUACUUUAACUCACAGAAAAUAGUUGCCUAGGUGGCCAGUGCUUUUAACACACCUAAAUGUUUGAAAAAUCAAUCGAUAUAUUUUCUUAAUUAAGAAAAAGAAAUUAAAAAACAACGAAUUGACUUCCCAAAAAUUACUGGCUUCCAGAAUCUGGUAAAAACUUUUUACUAUAUAAAUCAUCUCGAUCUAUCCAAAUUUUUUACUAAAUCAUCUUUGCUUCACAACACAAUAAACUAAAAUAUACACUUUGAAUUACACAUUCACGGUACUUAUGGCAGCUCAAGUGUUAAAUAAAACUUAUAGGGCAUUCAUGAUUUUAACUUUAUUUACAAUGAUUUGUUCGAUACAAGUUUCUGAUUCAAUGCCAAGAGAUGUGUGUAUAAAAGAUUGUGUCAUAAAUCAAUGCAUGAAAGCAUCAAAAAAAGCAACUCCAGCAAUUUGUGACAACCCGUGCAAGAUCAUUUGCGAUCCAAUGAACAAUGAGCGAUAUGUUACCCCUAGUCAAGGUUAUCGAAAUCCUGUAAAAAGGUUUUGUGAAACAUUUACUUGGAUAUGUCAGUAACUGGGAAAAUAUUUCUACAACAAAACUGGAAAACUAAGCGUGUAAUUUUUUUAAUGUAUAUUUAUAUGUUGUAUUAUUUGAGCGUGUGAUUUGUUUUUGAUGCAUAAGUUAUAUAUUUAUAUUUGUACCAUAUGAUAUUAAUAUUUUAUAUACCUAUUUUACAAUAAUAUUUCGUGUACCUACAUUCAUAUUUUAUAAAACAAAAAAAAUGUUUAACAAUGUAAAUCAUGAUAAAAUUAAUACAUAAAUAUCAGAUUGAAACUCUGACCUUUAGAUGUCUCAUUCCAAAAGAUUAUAAUGAGAUUUGCCAAAAAUGACUCAAAACUUAAAUUUGAAUGCAAAUAAAUAAUUUAAAUUUGAUCAUAUGCAAAAGUAACAGAAAUGAUAGUAAAAUUACAAUUAUCUCUUAUCUC